CUCCCAAUUGUUCAUUGAGUUCAUAGACCACGAUUUCGUCGCUCGUGGCUCGUUCCAGAGCAUUGUCCACCAUGGUUAUAGACGUCGGCCUUGUGAAGCUCCUCGCAGUCCUUUUCCUGACGCUGCUUCUGGCAAAAGCAAUUGCAGUGAUCGCCAGAUGGUGGUUGCACCGACGAUAUUUGAGGACACGAGUAGGCGUGCCAUGCAAACCACAUUGGGUCCUUGGCCACCUGGUUGAGGAUGACCGUCUAGCCAGAGACAUUCUUAUAAGGUAUGCUCGUAAACUGCCGAGACUACAAUUGCAACUGUUGGGACCGUUCCUCUCGGCGGUCACAGUGAGCCAUCCAGAUACCAUAGCGGAAACCAUGCGAACCAAUCCAUCGCAAAAUGAGCUCAUCGGCAAAUUGGCUCGAGUGUGGAUCGGCAAUGGACUGAUCUUUAGCCAGGGCGAGCGCUGGGCCCGAGACCACCGCUUGCUCUCCAAGGUUUUCACGCUGGAGAUGCGACGAGAAUACGUUGGUGCGUUCAAGGAUGCAACGGACAUAAUGCUGGAUGAGUGGAACGACCAAGUUGGACGCAGUGUAGACAUGGCCAACUACCUACCCAUGCUUGCGUUUGAUAUCAUAUUGAGGACCGCGAUGGGAGCAGAAACGACGUGUCAAACUGACACUGAUCCAAAUACGCCAGCCAGGCGAUAUGAGGCUGCCGUCAAGGACAUAUCUGAGAUCAUCUUCAAUCGCUACAAGCAGCCCUGGUUCUACUCAGAUUUCAUAUUUCUUAACUCUCCUACCGGUUCCCGUUUCAAGAAGUUGCUUGCCGAAACACAUGCGUUUAGUGGAGGGCUGAUCACUGAGCGACGGCGUGUUCUGCGGGAGGCUGCAGACAGUAGAGACCCGCUGGGUGUCCCGCGCCGCCGAGACAUGCUGGAUGUGUUGCUGACCGUGCGAGAUGAGGACGGGGUUGGCUACAGUGACUCGGAUAUCCGCGAGCACGUGGAAACCUUUCUGCAUGCCGGCCACGACACUACCUCGGCUGCUUUGGAAUGGGCCAUCCUCUAUCUGAGUCGUAAUCCAGGUGUUCAGGAGCGCUGUCGACAAGAGGUACUCGCCGUGCUGGAGGAGCAUGGCGGUCUUAAACACUUUGCUCACAAUCAUCUUGCAGAGCUGCCGUACCUGACGCAGACCAUCCAGGAAACUCUCCGCAUCGCCUCCGUAGCCCCAUUCGUCGUCAAGACAUGCCAGAAAGAUUGCCAGGUGGAAGGCGUCCAAUUCCCUGCAGGCACUGAUUUUCAGAUCAACAUCAUCGGCGUUCAUCACAACGAGCAAGUCUGGGAUGACCCGGACACGUUCAAUCCUGAUCGAUUCUCACCAGACCAAGGCACACGGAGUUCCUAUGCCUUCAUCCCGUUCAGCUGUGGUCCACGUGCCUGCAUCGGCAAGCACUUUGCCAUGGACGAGAUGAAGGUGGUACUGAGCAUGAUUCUGUCCCGGUUCCGUCUACUGCCGGAUCCAGAUGCCGCUGAGACUAAAUCGAAAAUGGGCAUCUUCGUGAAGCCAGAUCCACCGGUGCACGUGCUAUUGGAGUUCGUAUGAAUGCUGCAAUACCUACAUGUAUUUAUGCCUCUGAAUUGUCUUAGGCGUAUAGAGCACGAUAAACACUAGAUUUCACCAUUGUUAUGGAGUAUAGCGGGCAGGUGAAUCGCCAGUACUAGGCUCUCCCCAAAUCGACCGGCGUAAAAAGUCGCCGAAAACGAGACUUAUUGCCGAUCUUGGAGGCUUCCUUUGAGGAUCUCCGAGAAUCCACCAAAUGUUGUUGCAAAGCGUGUUUACGAACGAAUGCUGCAAGCUAGCAUGACCGCUCGAGCUCUCUACUUCAGUGCUUGUACUAAGUUGUAGUACUAGUGCGUUGAGGUCGUGUGACUCGUGUCCUUUGACCUCCUCUCAAACAAUCAUUAGCCAUUGGGAAGACCGUAAGUAGUAAAAUACUACACUACGAUAUAUACUCCAUCUAUCAGCGCUGUAUUUCCAAUAUCUCACCAAUUUUGAAGCCAAUAUGCCAACAAAUCUUUUAGCCGAAUUUCCAAUAUAUUCCAAUUUUACAGCCGAUUUUCGAACAAUCAGCUGGUUUUGUUGCCGAAUCUGAUUUAUUUUUGGGUGAGCGAAAAGCCGAAAAGCCGAAUAGGCGAAGAAGAUUUGGGGAAAGCCUAACUGAUUCGAACCAGAAUCGCCAUCCUGUAUUCAACCCUACUCCAAGUCAAGGUCCAUUCAGUGCAAGUACUGUACCCCUCUAACAAGUUUUGACAUUGAGCCAGCGAAAAGUGUCGUUAUUCACGAGGUGGUGCUAUUCGAUAUUCGUGAAUAACAUAUCAUUAUCAAUAAUGUGGAGUACAUGU